AUGUUGAUCCAACGACAUCGUCUGGUAUCAAUCUUGCUGGCUGCACCUGUCUUGACACUGGCCCAGGACCUCAUCCCUCCCCUCCUCGAGACAGCGGAUACUUUUACCCAGGAUAUCUGGUUACUUGACCAAAACGACAAGACAAUCUACAUCGACAAUGAAUUUGCUUCGGUAGCCGACAAGGAUGGUCUGACUCUUAUCCCACCUACCGCGCUUGAUUUUGCGACCACUUUUCGAGAUGACCUCAAUCAGAUCACAGGACUUAACUGGACGCUGAAGCAAGCGGACAACACUCCCAGUAACGCCAGUGGCAUAUUCCUUGGCGCCUAUACCGGGGAAACUUCCGAUCUCACGUACGAGAACGGGAAGUCGACUUCUGAGGGCUACGAAAUAUCAGUCAACUCGGCACGUAUCACGAUCGGCGGUAGUGGCGCUCGAGGCAUGUGGUGGGGGACCAGAACCCUUCUCCAGCUUCUUUCUCUCUCUGAGAAAGGCACUCUGACAGCCACGUACGCAAGAGAUGCACCAGCCUACGCGACAAGAGGGUACAUGCUCGAUGCCGGUCGAAAAUGGUACUCCAAAGACUUCCUCAAAGAGCUCUGCAGUUACGCCUCUUUCUUCAAGAUGAACGAGUUCCAUUACCACCUCAGCGAUAACUACCCACUGAACCGUGGAAAGAACAAGACUUGGCAAGAUAUUUAUUCCCAUUUUUCGCUACUGCCCGAGGAUGAAGAUCUGCGGGGCAUCCUCCACGGUCGCGAGAACGAGACUUUAUCUAAAGACGACUUUGAUGAUCUACAGAAACACUGCGCUUCUCGUGGUGUCACUGUGAUACCAGAAAUCGAAGCACCAGGCCACUCACUGUAUCUCACUAAGUGGAAACCAGAGCUCGCUCUUCCCAAGAAGGAUCUGCUGAACCUCACCCAUCCCGACACUUUACCGACAGUACAGAAGAUAUGGAAAGAGUUCCUCCCAUGGUUCAAGACGAAAGAGGUUCAUAUCGGUGCAGAUGAGUACGAUGCUGAGCUUGCAGACGACUACAUCACCUUUGUCAACAAGAUGAGUCGUUUCAUCAACUCCACGUCCGAAAAGCGAAGCCGCAUCUGGGGCACAUACGAACCGUCCAAGAAGAACCAGACCAUUGACAAAGACGUCGUCAUCCAACACUGGCAGUACGGUCAAUCAGACCCUGUACAGCUCGUCAAGGAUGGCUACGACGUAAUCAACUCGGAGGACUGGUGGGCUUAUACGAGCCUAAAGAACGACCAUAUGCCGAUUCUACCAGCUAGAUACCCGCAGUUCUUCAACGAGAACCGCGUCUUCAAUUUUGCAGAUAAGAAUGGCUGGCAGUGGACGCCCGCUGACUUUAAUCCUUUCAACACCAGCAUGCAACUUGAUGGUGACGAGUCACGACUCCGGGGCGCUACCUUGGCAGCGUGGAACGAUAACGGUCCCGAUGCUUCGACACAGCUGGAAGCGUAUUAUUCCAUGCAUCACGGUAUCGCUUUGGUGGGAGCUCGUGCGUGGAGCGGAAGUCGUGGGCCCAAGCUACUCGAGGAGACAACGGAUACGAGCAUCGACCUUUAUUCCCCUCAAGCUCCCGGUCAGAACCUCGACCGUAUGUUGUCAGUUUCCGAAAACAAUGACACAUUACUGUCUUGGUCUCGAUCCAGUAACGAUGACGACAAGAUAAAUUUGGGUCAUGGAAGCAAAGGAAUGAAUUACACACUGAUCCUAUCUAUCAACGGACCCUUCACUCUAUCAGGCCCCGAUAACUCUUUGUCCCUUGACAAAAGCGGCAAUCUUGUGUUUGAGGCCGAUGGAUGGGAAUACCCUCUUCGUCACGUCAGCAACGACGACGCUUUGAAACUGGAUCCAGGUCAUCCUGGUCGGAUCUGGGUCAACACUUCCUCAUCCACACACGAGCCCGUCAAAAUAUCAGUGCCUGCUGAGAUUACUCUAAUGGCAGAUGUACUCCAUGGUACGGUGGUGUUGACUGGCUCAAAGUUGAUAGGAAGAUUUGAAGUUUUUGUCUUUGGAGGGCGGAACACGCAGUUCAGCUGGAGUCAGAUGGCGUUUGUUGCGCCCCUGGAUGAGAUCAAAGGGGAAGUGAGUGGCUUAACUUUGAAUGCAUCUACCAUGUUCUCCGCGAUCGACGCAGAUGAGAAGACGUCCAACGUUCCAGGAGAGAGCAGCGCUGUUCCCACGACAGAUUUGCCAGGCUUGAUUACGGUCUUGAUGGUGAUGGCAAUUAUGAUCAUAAGUCAGUAA